AUUGCUGAGCGGUAACUAACGGGCCGGGUUCAACGGACUUUCAGUCACUGGGCCCAUUUCAGCUCCUUUCAAAGCCCAAUAAAAUUGGGCCGAAGCAAACGCUAUCCCGUUGGAUAAAUACGAACAAAAUCUGGCUGCGUUCUUCGCGGGAAAUUGAGAAGGAACAAUCUUUGGUCUCAGUUGGCGUUGGGACGUCGAACAUGGCCGGAAAGCAAGUUGCCGGCACUGGUCUAUCGGAGAGCAUCGCAGGAAUGUCGAAGAACCAACUACAUGAUAUAAUGUCUCAAAUGAAGACUCUGAUCGAACAGAAUCAACAGCAGGCGAAGCAAAUCCUAAUCCAAAACCCCGCCUUGACCAAAGCUCUUUUUCAGGCGCAGAUUAUGCUUGGGAUGGUGCGGCCUCCUCAGAUUCCAAGCGUCCAGCCUUCAGCCCCACAGCAUUCUCAGCCAUCAACACAAACAACUCAACAGUCAAAUAUUCAGCCAACUCAAACAUCAGCAAGUCAAAUAAGUUUGCAAGAACAGACAGGGAACAUCCAGCCUCAGUCAGCACCUCUGAUUCCCCUGCAAACACUGCAGCAUCCCAAGGGGUUUGAGAUGCCCCAAGCGAAUUCCAUAUCUGUCUCACAGCCAUCUCAAAUUCCGAGUGUACCUCCGGUACCUCCAUCUGCUGCUCAGCCACCUUUACUUCAUCAACCCCCGAUGUCAAGUGCUUCCAUGCAGCUGCAGCAGCCAUUACAAACAGCUGAAAUUCCCCAUCUGCCUCUACAGGCCCCAUUGCCCCCACAUUCCAGAGCUCCUACGGGUCCAAAUUUUCGUCAGCACUACCCCCCUCAAACGGGGCACAAUAUGAAUUACCAACCUGCUCGACCCAUUUUUCAUUCAGGAUCCAAAUUCCCUCCUGGUAUAGGAAAUUCAUUUCCCCAGGGACAGUCGCCACUUCCUAGUCAACCACCCCCUCAGUCAUUGUAUCAGGCUGGAGGUUCUAAAGUAGGUACAGAAGUCAUGAAUCAAGUUGGAACUUCAAAGCCUGUGGACAGAGGGCCUUGGAUGCAUGGCCCUCCAGAGAAUCCUACACUUCCACAGCAACUCUCAGGACCACCACUAAUACCAUCAGGCACUGGCCAGAUGGGCCCUGGCAAUCAGCCUCGUCCUGCACCACCGUUGAGUCAGGAGAUGGAGAUGAUGCUACUUCAACAAGUCAUGAGUCUCACACCAGAACAAAUUAAUCUCCUGCCUCCAGAGCAAAGGAGUCAAGUGCAUCAGCUACAGAAGAUGCUUCGCCAAUGAACAGUGUUCUGGAAGGGAGGCAAUCUCAUCUUGAUUUAUCCCUCUUCCUUUCCCCUCAACUCUUGCAUCGUUGGACAUCCUCAAAAUGGCUUUUAGGCUUCUAGGGCAAGUUUUUUACUAUUGUCUAACUUUUAAGUAUUGACAUUCAGAUUGAUAUAUUACAGUUAUAAAUUUUGGCUU